CCCUCCUCCCCCUGCAGCAGGGCGGGAAGGAGCCUCGGCCCCUGGGCAUCUGCUGCACAGCUCCCGUGUAACGCACCCCCGGCGGCAUGAGGAGGCCUCGGGCCCGUGCCGCGGCCGCCCUGCAGCGCCGUCGGGCUGAGGGGAAGCUGCUUGCGAGGUCCGGGCGCUUCUGUCCCCGGAGCCAGGGCGGGCCCUUGCAGCCGCUUGGCAACCAAAAAGCGGAGAGCGGUCGCAGCCCCUGCAAAGGUCACGAGCAGGCGCCCGGGCUGGGUUGUCGGGCUGGCCUGGACACACAGACAGAAAAACAGACAGCCAUGGCAUCUCUGGGACGGAAGGGAACAGGUGCUCAGCACCCCGCCACACAGGACAUAAAGCUGUUACUGUGGCGGGGCAAACUUGGGCAGGUGGGUGGAAACUGAAGAGCACCUUUGCUUUGUUGACAUUGAGAGAGAGGGGAAAAUAAAGUGCCAUCAGCACUGCCUCCUUAUCACGCUGGCAUCUCCUACCCAAGUACAGACAGGACCUGCCCAGCCCAGUCAUGAAAGCAAAGCUGCAAGCCAGCCUGCAAGGUGACCCUAAGCUCUGCCUGCAUGUCACGUCUUGGAGGGUUGAAGACUGCCGUUGUGUGUUGUUAGGGCAGUGAGGAUUUUCUGUGUUGCUCAAGAAUUAAAUCAGCAGCAAACAGCGAAAUGCUAAAGUGAAUGGCCUUUCUGGUAGAAUCAAACCUCCUCUUCCCUCCCCCACCGCAAUCAGUCAGUACCUGUAACGUAAAUAGGAUUGUUUCUUCUUCCCCUUCCCCACUUCUGACUUAUGUUACACAAAUUCUGAUCUUGUGUGAACUGAGGCAGUGGGACAUGUUCAGGCCAUGGAGUGACUGCCCUUAGUUACAGCAUAUGAGUUCUGUCAUCCUUCAGCCAGUUUGGGAAGUGUCCAACCCCACCUAUGCCACAGAUCUAUAAGCCCACGUCAAAUAUGCCACCCCUGAGAGAUCCUGAAAGAAAUCAACAGCUCUUAGCUUCUGCCUGCCUGCUCCAAAUUACCGGUUGCUCUCAUCAGGUGCUUUUUCAAGCCCUUCCCUUGGGGGUUGUUGGAAUUAAUCUGACUUUUUUCCCCAGUUCCCCUGUAGACACGUGAGUGUAAAACAUGGAUUUGGCCAACCAUGGACUUAUUCUGCUGCAGCAGCUGAACGCUCAAAGAGAGUUUGGUUUCCUGUGUGACUGCACAGUUGCUAUUGGUGAUGUCUACUUCAAGGCCCACAAAUCUGUCCUUGCAUCUUUCUCAAACUACUUCAAGAUGUUGUUUGUUCAUCAGACCAGUGAAUGUGUUCGUUUGAAAGCAACUGACAUACAGCCAGACAUCUUCAGCUAUCUUUUGCAUUUGAUGUAUACAGGGAAGAUGGCACCUCAGCUGAUUGACCCAGUUCGAUUAGAACAAGGAAUAAAGUUUCUGCAUGCAUAUCCACUAAUUCAAGAGGCCAGCCUUGCCAGUCAGGGAACCUUUUCACAUCCAGAUCAAGUUUUUCCAUUAGCAUCUUCAUUGUAUGGCAUUCAGAUCACAGAUCACCAGAUAAAACAUCCCACUAAAGUUACAUCAGCAACUGACAAACUUGGGCGAGACCCAAGGCCACAGACUUCCCGGAUGAGCCAGGAGCAAGCAUCUGAAGGCUCACAGUUAGCUUCAACUCUGCCACAAGUAACCAGGACAAACAUGACUACAUCUGACCCAUUGCAGUCUUCACUGUCCCCAGAACUGGUUUCCACUGCUGGUAAUAAUUCUCCUCCGGGAGAGGAACCCAACAUGGAAGCAUCUUCCUCAGAUGAACAGCCCACUUCACUCACAAUAGCACACGUCAAGCCAAGUAUUAUGAAAAGGAAUGGAAGUUUUCCAAAAUACUAUGCCUGCCACCUCUGUGGCCGUCGGUUCAAUCUGCGCAGUAGUUUGCGCGAACAUCUCCAGAUCCACACAGGAGUGCCCUUCACAUCAAGCCAACAAGGGGAAAGUAGCAUGUCCCUGUCUCUCUGCAACAACACAGCUGACAAAGAUGCCAUGGAAGUGCCUGAAGCUGGAAUGAUUAGUGACAGUGAGUUGCAACAGAUCUCAGAUUCCCCCAUAAUUGAUGGACAGCAGCAAGCAGAAACACCACCACCCUCAGACAUUGCAGACAUAGACAACUUGGAGCAGACAGAUCAAGAAAGAGAAGUGAAGAGGCGGAAGUAUGAAUGUUCCAUCUGUGGACGCAAAUUCAUUCAGAAAAGCCACUGGAGGGAGCACAUGUACAUACACACUGGCAAACCUUUCAAGUGCAGCACUUGUGACAAAAGUUUCUGCAGGGCCAACCAAGCUGCCAGACACGUGUGCCUGAACCAGAGCAUGGAUACUUACACUAUGGUGGACAAGCAGACUCUGGAACUCUGUACUUUUGAGGAAGGCAGUCAAAUGGACAACAUGCUAGUACAGACCAACAAACCCUACAAAUGCAACUUGUGCGACAAAACGUUUUCAACUCCCAAUGAAGUGGUUAAACAUUCGUGCCAAAAUCAAAACUCUGUCUUUGCUCUAGAAGAGGAUAGAUCCAUUCUGCUAGGUAGUGGGGACACAGAAGUGACGGAGACAGAGAACUCAGUGUUAGCCUCCAUUAAAAAGGAGCAGGAAGCAGUGUUGUUGGACUGAAUAUGAAAUCUGUAUCAAUUUUUUAAAGUUUCUUUAUUCAUUUUUACUAAACCAAUUCUCUCCCCCUCCCCCUCCAAGCACCAGAAGUACACUGGUAUGGUAGAAAAUUGGAUCUUGCCCCUCACACCAAAAAAAUAAAUAAAAGGCUUUAUAUAUCAGAUCACAACAUAAUUCAUUUUAAUGCACAGGAACAUGCCUAAAGGUAAUUCAGCUAACUUUGUCAAUAGUCCUAGUAAGCUCAAGUUUGAUAAUUUUUUUAAACAAAUUUUAGACUUUUUAAAAGCAUAUUUAAAUGCAAUGAAGUGUGUACUGAGAAACAAGAAUAUCAUUUUGGUAAACAAAGAAUAAAUAUGCAGUUAUUUUCCCUGGUAACAAGCCUUUUGAAAAGAACUCGCAGACAAUGCAGCAUGUUUUCUAGAGCAAUACCUACAAACUGGGUAAGAUCACAACUAACAAAAGGCUUAGAAUUUUGCAUAAUGAACCCAGGAUUUUUUUUUUCUUUUAGUUUUUAGUUUUCCCUCAAGUAUACCAUUUGGUAUCUGGCUUCAGGUAACAUUGUUGACAUAAUGUCCAUUCAAGAAAAUGUAGUUACUUAGUCAGCGUUGACUACGGUAGCUAUAACAAUAAUGUGAUGGCAAUCUUUUUAUAUAUGCACACAUAUAUAUAAGUGUGUUAUGCGUGUGUGAGUGAUAGAUGCAGGGUAACUAGGUGCACACAUACUUUCUAAACAAUUGGCCAUCUUUCAAGUUCAACAAAAGAAGUCCUUUAGUUAUGAUUGUUUGACUGAUCAGUUAUUACACAAGUUAUUUUUUAAUUACAUGUGAACUGCUCUGGACUGUGUGCAUUUUUUAUUAUCCUGUUGAAUGGAAAUUCAUAUAACAGUGUUGUCACCGAAGACAUGAAGGAAACUAGAGAAUAGAGAAAUGAUAUGCCGGUGAGCACUGUGCAAAAACCAGUGCUACAUUCACAAGUGUAGUAGCCAUAGAUUAGAGUCACUCCUGGUAAAAGAGAAGAGAGACUUGAUCACUGUAUUCAUGCAAGGAACCUCCAAGACUUUUUGGGGUCUAACUGCAUGAGUUCAGUAAAAAAAACAAACACAAAAACACUGGUUGGCCCUUCAUUUAGUAACAGGCACCUUCUAAUAGAAAGUAAAGAGGGAAAGAUGGCUAUGGAUCAUGGUUUUAAAAUGAAUUUGCAGUGCUGACUGGUAACUCCUGUUAUUGAAAGGGACUCCCAUUACAUAAGACCCCCAAGACAAAGUACACAACAGCUGAGAGGAUCAAGAAGUAGUUUUAGCUACAACUCAGGAUGGCGCUGCAUCUUUGUGUUUAAAAAUCAAGUUGAUGAUUUUUAUUUUUUAUUUUGUAUAGAUGCCCGGAAUUUUUGCCAAUAGCCUAAAAACUAAGCAGACAGCAGUAAGGAAGCCCACUGAAAAGUUACUGGGCCAAUAGAAGGCUUAAGUAGACAGAAUAAGCGCUCCAUCAUAAAUGGAGGCAGUGUGUGUGAG